UGGAUAGAAAACAACAGGUGACUGCAUGUCAGUGUGACACAGAGUUACAGAGUUUCUUUGUGUACAGCAGAUUUUUAGAUAAUUUUGUAAACUUCAUCAGACCAGCUGUGCUCACUGAAAAAACAGACAAACGCUUUGAGUCAAGUCAUUUAGGCAGCCAGGUGAACAUGACAAACCAAUUAGCUCUCAUCCUAAGAACGACAUUGCUGCUGCUGCUACUGAUGUACAGCACAGAUGCAAGGAUGAGCAUCAUUACCAAAAAGCAAGAUUUUCCAGUGGGAGAAGAAAUCCUAUUGUUGUGUAAAAUUGGAGUUGAAGACGGAGACAUAACGUGGUUCAAAGAUGGUGAAGAAAUUGAUGUUGACGCGGAAACGGUGACAAUAGAGAAGGUGGAUGAAUCCUCCUCUAAAAUGAUCAUUAAAAAGGCUACAAUGCAGGACACGGGCAAGUACACCUGCCACUGUGAAUAUGACAGCGGACAUAAGGAUGAUGUUCAGACACAGCUGUAUGUUUAUGAGGGUCCAUCAUUUAGCAACACCCCCAUUUACCAUGAGUUUCUGGAGGGCACAACCGGAGUGGUGCCAUGCCGCGUGACUGGAAAACCAGCGUUGGAUGUUCACUGGAUGAGAGACAAUCAAGAAAUCCCUUCUAAUGAGGAAAAACGUGUACAUCAGACGUCGAAUAACACACUCUAUAUUAAAAAUGUGAAAACAGAGGAUGCUGGGACAUACGUGUGUUAUGCCCAGAUCAGAGGAAGGGAGAUAAAACAGAAAGUCUCUGUCUCAAUUGUCGUCAAUGCUCCUCCAACUGCACAGAUGAAAGAAUUGAUGAAAAAAGUGUUGGCUGGGCCAGAAACCAAUGUUUCCUUGGUGUGUUUGGUGACAGGUCAUCCAAAACCCAACAUCAACUGGACCAUGCCGAUGACAACUGACCACUCACGUCAUUAUUUUAACUCAGACAGCAGCGAGUUGACCAUAAGGUCUGUCACCAGAGCUGACUAUGGAGAGUACAUCUGCACCGCCACCAACAAGAUAGCUGAGAGCAUCUCUACCCUUAUGCUUAAUGUCUUUGAGGCCCCAGAGGUGUUUCUGUCGGCAGAGCGGCAGAGGGUAUCGGUGGGUGAACAGAUAUCUGUGGCCUGUAAUGUCUCUGGCCAUCCUCAGCCUGAACUACACUGGAUCAACAAGCACAAUGGACAAACACUGGACUCUCCCUCUGGUCGUGUCCAUGUUACUGAUGGUGAGUUGGUGAUUGAAGAGGUAGUGCCCUCUGAUGGUGGACUCUAUUCCUGCAUGGCUGUCAGCCCUUCUGGAAAUGCAUCAAGAGAUGUUGCAAUACACACCCAGCCCGGCCCGCCUCAGUACCUUACAGUCUCAUCUGGAGAAACCUCAGUCCACUUCUCUUUCAAAACCCCACCCAACAGUGGAGGAACAGCAAUCACAAGUUACGUUCUACAGUGGAUGCAAGGUGCCGCACAACAGUGGAAGGAGAUCACAGUCCCAGCUUCAGGUCCCCUCGUAAUCCCCAACCUCAGGCAGUACACGUCAUACACAGUACGUUUGGCCGCCUUGAAUGCAGUGGGGGUAGGAGAGUUCUCAGACACAAAGACUAUCCGCACCCAGGGAAUGCGUGAACCAGACAGUCCAGUUUUGUCGGCUGAUCAGAUGCAAGUGGAGAGAAACACCUUGUCUAUCCCCCUUAAACAGGUCGAUGAUGGUGGAACUCCUCUGCAGGUCUUUAAGAUACAAUACAAAGAGCAUAAAGAGGGGGCUGAGUGGAAAAAGGUGCAGCUGUCGUCCAAUGCUGGCUCUAUCUACCUUGAAAACCUGGCUUUUGGCUCAAGCUAUCAACUGGAGGUCAGAGCAAUCAAUGCGAAUGGUUCUUCUAUCCCUGCCACGUUAAACUUCACCACUGGAGAAAGGCCUGUGAGCAACCGCAUCACCAAAGGCAGUGUGGUUGGCAUUGUCAUGGUGAUCUUCCUGGUGGUAUUCCUGGUGGUAGACGCCACGUGCUGUUACAGAAAUCGAUGUGGCCUGCUCAUGACCAUCGGUGUGAAACUCUUUGGACAUAAUGUCCCAGGAAUGAAAAUGUUUGAGGAGGGAGAUGGAACAACUAAUGGAGAAGUGAAGCUGAAGGGUUUAUCCACCCCAAGAGGCAGCAUGCAAAAUUCGUUCACAAAGGAGGUUGGACAUCUCUCAGAGGUCACCUGCGACAAAGUCUCUCUUACUAAACAUGAGAAAAUACAACCAGACAGAGAGAUGCCCAUUCCUGAUGUAUGAGGCCAGAAAAUUAGAGAAACAGCAAACAACAAAUAAGAAGUGUGAAGUAACGUGUAGAUAAUGAAUAGAAAACGAGAGAAGAUGUCAAACAAUAAUUCAGUCUGAAUAGCAGCCAGCCAUUUCUACAUGGACACAACUGUCAUGGGAAAGGUCACACAUUAGUGACAGGACUGCAGGGAAAGCACUGAUGUUGCUGAGGUUUUAGACGUCUGUGCUGUUGGAUCAGAGGACAGUGGACCUGUGUUCACCCUCUCCUCACAGCCCUGUCCUUUCCUCAGUUUGGUAAUGUCUGAGUCUGAGUUCCAGUAGAUUAUUUAAAUCUGCUUUUACAGGGUAAUCAUAAUUUCUGUGUUUUACAGGGUAAAAUUAUUGGUGUUAUAAAUUAAUCUUUAAAUUGCUGCAUAUUCACAACAAUGUUUACUGCAUUUUGAAUGUUAUACACAGACACAGUGUCUGUAUUGUAUUAUGAAUAUCCUGUGAAAUGCAGUGUUGUUGUUUUUUGCAUUUUAAAAUAUUUGUUUCCCUUAAUGUUUUUUUAAUAUAUAAUUUUUUGUUUGUUUUAUCAACAGUAACAGUGCAUUGUGGCUGCUCUUUAUGUAAUUAAAAUAAUCCUGAUACUGAUCAGUAAUUUUAACCAUUUAAAGGCCAUUUCAGCUUAAACUAAACCAUACUAACAUUAAUGUAUUUAUUAUGCACUGAUAUAUAUAUUUUUAAAUCAUACAUGAGAGAUAUUAUUCAUGAGAGGCUUUGAUCUUGAAGCCAUAUUUGAAUUUGUAGACAGCUUUACUGUUAUGCACUUUUUGAUUAAAUCAAUUUUUAUGGAAACUAAUAUAACAUAUGGGGCCCGUAAUUUAAAGCAAUUGUAUUAUGUGAACCUUCUCUAAAGUACCUGUAAUAAUAGGCAACAUGUAAGAAAUAAAGCAAAACUGACUAAUAUUGUAAUUAUUUUGUAUUUAGAGUCAUAUUACUACUUAUAGUAAUCAAAUAUGUUCAAGUCAAAUAUUUAACUCAGAUGCAGCUGUUUUGUUUAGAAGUAUGUAUGCAAAUUACCUGACCUUACCUGAUAUUAAUGAAUUGUUUUGAUAUUGUUGUAAUAUUGUAUUGAACAC